AAGUUCUCCUUCAAAAGUGCCUCCAACAGCUUCUCCAAAACGCACCAGGCCUACGGGCUGGAGUCCGGGUUUUGUACCAUCCCUCGAGUCCCUCGCUUGGAAAAAGCCCAAGAGAGCGCAUUCCCUGGGGAAGCAGAGCUGAAGCGCUCGGACUCCCUGCUCUCCUUCCGCCUGGACCUGGGGCCCUCCCUGAUGAGUGAGCUGCUCCAGGUGAUGAGCUUCUCCGAAACCAAUGGGAACGAGGUGGGAGAGGAUGGCCCAGACCUCCUGUGUGGUGAGGAGAUGGUGAAGGAUGGGGUCCCUCCAGCAUCAAGUGCAUCUCACGGAGAGGACAAGGCAACGUCUAGCUUCUGGGACCGCUCUGGGCAGAGCAGCCUGUCAGGGGACAGCUCGCUGCCGGGACUGUCGGUCAGUGCCAACGGAGAGGCACACGCCAUCAAGGGCACUGGAGAGGACCCUGCCUGGGCUUUGGGGCCGGGGGCAGCGCCCAGAGGAACCCCGCGGCAGGGGCACUGGAAUGACUGCACCAUCGAUGCGGAAGAGUUUGACCGGGCGAGCCAGGUCCUGGCCCGCCAUUAUGGUGGGACCAGCACCCCACGGAGCUCGGAGAAGGGCGAGGGUCUCCGGCAGGCCCGGACACAGGCCCUGUGGGAGAGCCCCAGAAGCAGCUCGUGGCGGUCACAAGUGACAGGGGAGAGCCAGUCCCCUGAGACCACCUGGAACCAAGGAGAGGAGGAGGAGGAAGAGGAGGAGGAGGAGGCCAAGCUUUCCAACCUGCAGGAGGGGUACGCUGGCGCCCGGGGCAGGCGCAGCAAUUCCUGCGAGUACGCUUAUGAGGAUGAGGAGGAGGACGAUGAAGUCAAGGUGUGA